AUGGAUGAUAAUAAUACUAGAUCAAAAUCAGUCGAUUUUAAUGAUGCGUCUCUAGCAAAAGUUAAGCAAGUGAACAAAAUACACAGUGUAUCGAAUCCAUGUAUCCAAUCUUCGCUUCGAAGACCUGAUGAAAAUACUAGUUCAUCUGUUCAAAGAUCGAUCAAUAUUGGAACUGUGCGAGUAUCUCGAAUAAAAUCGUCAACAAAGAAAAAACUAGAUACGCUUAAUAAUGAAUCAGUACAACAACACCAAGAAAUCUCCGUUGUUGAUUCGAUAGAUGCUGUUCGAGUUACUCAUGUACCUUCACCAUUCACAAGAGUACAUUCAACUUCAAUUCAUAUUUGUCAUUCAUCGAUUAUUGAAAAUACGAUUCGGUUAGAUGAACAUAUAGAAACUCGAUCUUCAAUUGGCUUAUCGAAAAAAAAUGAAGAUAGAGUUCAUGUUAAACGUAUUCGAUCAAAUCAUCGAACAUCAGCAUUUGAAUAUCGUUCUUCGCAAGUGAAUGCAAUCAAAUUGUCAUCAUUAAAUAAUGUUUUGGAACACGAAACAAUGUCACAAUUAUCAUCUGUUCGGAUUGAACAUGUUCAUAGGAAAAAGAAAAAAUCGAAAUUAGUAGGGAGUGUUGUUCCAUUUGAAUCGAUUUCGAAAGAAACAACAAACAAAAGGGAAGGUCAACAUGAACAAAGCAUAAAAUUUGCUCUUGUCGUAGAACGAAUACCCAGACAAAAAAGUGCGAAAUCAAUAAAUUAA